UACAUUUUGGAUCCCCAAAAAACAGUUAUACGGUUGUGUUUUCCUUCCUUUUCCCCCUUUAAUAAACACACACACGACACUUUCUGGUCUGAGAAACACAAACAAUCAAACAAAAGCAAGAAAUGCAGCAAGAUCCAUCAAACCCAAUAAGAAUGAAUCAAAGCCCAUUUCCAUUUCGGGCAGCUCAUCACAGAAGAGCACAUUCUGAAGUCAACUACAGGUUCCCACCAGACGACAUAGAUCUUGUUUCUGAUACAUUCGAUGCCCGUUUUGAGGACUUAGGAUCCGAAGAUGACUUGUUUUCGACGUUUAUGGAUAUCGAAAAACUGGGAUCUACUACUACUGAUGAUGAUCAUGUCAAUAAUAUUAAUAACAAUAACAAUAAUGCUGCUUCUAAUGAUGUUGAAUCAAAGAGUAAUAAUAAUAAUAAUGUGAUGAAACCGAGACAUCGGUAUAGUAAUUCGGUUGAUAGUGAAAGGAGUUUGUUACUUUCUGAUGGUUCUGCUAAUUAUAAUAAUUCUAAUUCUAAUAAUAUUAGUAGUAAUAGUAUUGAAGCUAAGAAAGCAAUGGCUCCUGAUAAACUUGCUGAGUUGUGGACACUUGAUCCUAAACGGGCUAAGAGGAUCUUGGCCAAUCGACAAUCUGCUGCUCGCUCAAAAGAGAGAAAAGCACGUUAUAUAUCUGAGCUUGAGAGAAAAGUUCAGACUUUACAGACAGAAGCAACCACCCUUUCAGCACAAUUGACUCUGUUUCAGAGGGAUACAACCGGCCUAUCUUCUGAAAAUACAGAACUUAAGCUCCGAUUACAAGCUAUGGAACAACAAGCUCAAUUACGCGAUGCUCUGAAUGAGGCACUGAAACAAGAGGUCGAACGGCUCAGAAUUGCAACUGGAGAAAUAGCAAGCAGUUCAGACGCAUACAAUCUUGGAAUGCACCAUGUUCCAUAUAACCAACCAAACUUUUUCCAAAACCAACAAAAGCCUGAUCCACAAAAGUACCAACAGUCAAACAUGCCGAACGACCACCAAAACCACCACCAUUCGCUUCCUGCCUCAACCCAUGACUCACUGCAGCAAGAUCCACUUGGCCGCUUUCAGGGGCUUGACAUUAACAAUAGAGGCGGUUCUCAUUUUAUCAAGUCUGAAGAUCCUUCAAUCUCUGCCAGUGAAAGCAGCAGUACGUUCUGAUUCUACGAGUACAUCUCUAUUUCAUGCAUUAGUCAUUGUAUCUUGCAACUGUUCAUAGAUCGACACCUCAGCAUCCACGAGCACCAUUUCUUUCAUAGUUUUAUUCAUUUAUUCUCACAUAAGUAGAAAUUUAGGCUUUAACAAAGUGACAUUCUAUAUUGUUGUCAUGUUGUGUUACUGUUUGAGAAAUUGCAUUAUCUUGUGCUAUUCUCCUAGCUCAUUUGUGUAGAAUUUGUUAUUCAUUGAACUAUUAACAUUAUUUGUGAAUGA